AUGGUCAGAAGCUCUUUUAGCUUCGUUGUCAGUCGGGUUAAGUCUCUUAGAUUUCUUAUACCUUGUCUUUUAUCCUGUUCUGUUUCGGUGGUGGGUCAAUACUCGAGUCUUGGUUGUGAGAUCUUGAGAUCUGGCUUGAUGAGGUUACGGCUUCGGCUUCGGCUCUGGUCUUUCACCGAAGCUUCACUCCUUUCGUCGAGUUCGAUGGCUAGCGAGUGUAUCGGUGGAGCGGCUACUCGGCUGGUGGUUCAGAGGUCCAUACCCUUAUGCGAGGUAAGUCAGUUUAUAGACCUUCUUGCUUUGUUGUUCCCUGUCUUGAUCUUGUGGGAGUAUCUCGUUGGCUAG